AUGAGCUCUCGCCGAUCCCGUACCGCGCCCAAGCAGCAGCAGCAGCAGGCCCCCACGAGCGGCGUCGCCAAAAGCUCACGAGCAGCGCAGCCUCCACGCAAGAAACAAAAGACGACCAAGCAUGCGCCACCACCGCCGCCGCCGCCUCUCAACGCAGCUCCAGACACAGUCCUCGCCGUCUUCGUCUUCGGCUCCGGCGAGAACGGCGAGCUCGGCCUCGGCCCCAAGCUGACCGCCUCCACGAAGCCACGCCCAAACCCUCACCUCGACCCCAAGGACCCGGCUGCCCUGCAUGUCGUGCGGCUGGCCUGCGGCGGCAUGCACACCGUCGCGCUCACGGCCGACAACCGGCUCGUGACCUGGGGCGUCAACGACAACGAUGCCCUGGGCCGGCCUACCGACUGGGACGGCGGGCUGCGCGACGUCGACGCCGAGUCGGGCAGUGAUGACGACGCGGAGCUGAACCCGCGCGAGUCGACGCCCGCCGAGGUGUCGACGGAGAACAUCCCUGAGGCGACCAGAUUUGUCGACGUUGCUGCUGGAGAUAGCUGCAGCUUUGCCCUUACCGACACGGGCCUCGUCUACGGAUGGGGCACCUUUCGCGACCCCGAAGGCAACGAGAGCUUUGGGUACACGCCCGCCGGCGCCCUCAUCAAGCGACAGCCCAUCCCCAUGCUCAUCUCGGGCCUUCUACGCAUCACGCAGCUCGUAUGCGGCGCCAACCACGCCCUCGCCCUCGACGCCGCCGGCACCGUCUGGGCGUGGGGCUCCGGGCGACAGAACCAGUUCGGCCGCCGCCUCUUCGGGCGCCACCAGGAGAGCCUCCGCCCACGGCCCGUGCCCGUCUGCCGCGGCGGCGCGCGCCUCAUCGCGAGCGGCGAGUACCACUGCUUCGCCGUGGGCCAGCGCCGCGACGACGUCUGGGGCUGGGGGCUCAACAGCUUCGGCCAGGCCGGCGACGCGAGCUCCGCGGGCGGGGACUCGGCGCUGCUGCCGUACCCGGUCAAGAUCCCGGCGCUCUGCGGACGCGAAGUCGUCGUCAUGGCCGGUGGUGCGCACCACUCCGCCGCCGUGGCCGCGGACGGGCGGGUAUACACGUGGGGUCGCAUGGACGGCGGGCAGCUCGGCAACGCGUUCACGGCCGAGCAGCUGGGCGACGAGGCGGUGGUGCGCCGCGACGAGCGCGACAAGCCGCGCAUCUGCCUGCGGCCGACGCUGGUGCCGCAGAUGGGCGAGGCCGUCCACGUCGCCUGCGGGACGGACCACACGAUAUUCGUCGCCGGGGACGGACGCGCCUGGGCCACGGGGUUUGGGUCCGAGGGACAGCUUGGCCUCGGGUCCGACGACGACGUAGAUGUCGCGCGGCUCGUCCAGGGCAAGGCGGUCAAGGAUCGGACGGUGACCUGGGCUGGCGCAGGAGGACAAUUUUCUAUUUUGGCCGGGCCGGCUACGUGA